ACGUAACAUAAUAUAUAAACUUUAUAAAGUCGAGAAUAACUGCUGACAUGAAUUGAAAAUGAGCGAGAGAAAAGCACAGAUUCAGAAAAUAUCUUUACUGUAAAGCACGUGACAGGGUUUGGCCUGAGGCAAUGAUAUUUUUUGUCUGUCGUUUGAGUGGAGGUUGACUGAAAGUUGUCUGGAAACCUGCUGGGUUUCACCCCUAACAUAAAAAAUGAGCCGCUGUUUACUCUCCAAACACCCAGAAUGCAUCCCUGCUGACGAGACACUGACCUCUCACACAACAAGGACACUCUUCCUGGGGAGAGGGAGAACUGUGUUGAAGAUGGGACAUCUAACUGUUGUGGCUGUUCUGGCAGUGCUCUUCACCCUUUUCAUGGAAACUGAAGCAAAUCCAUUUGCUUACAACUACGAAAGGCUACGCAUUGGAGGUCUGAUCUGUGCCUGCUUGUUGUUUGCUGGAGGACUCAGCGUUAUACUCUACAACAGGUGCUCCAAUAGGAACAAAAAAGUGGAAGAUGACAACAGUGAAAUCUGAUAGGGUGCCUGACAAACCGGUUUGGGCCAGGAAGAAGAGCUGAAAGACAAGGGGAGGAGAGAUUUGAGUGUGUGGUGGGGGCAUUGGAGGAGACACACCAGCUCAGAUAAUUACACCUGUACAGACCUGCGCAAAGAAAUACCACUCAGACGUGAAAGCAGUGUCAUAGAUUGACAUAUCGUGAGUAAGAUGAAAUAAAUGAAGCCCACCUAGCUGUUUGCUUGUUAUCAAAAUAAUACUGUAAUGAAUAAUAAUUAUCCCUGUUAUUUCCUGAAAAUGCACAUGGACUUUUACAAUUAAGUUUGUCUCACAUAUUCUGCUAAGUCAUUACGUAGAUGUUGCAUAUGGUUCUUAAAAUGUGCUGCAAAAUAUGAUGUUUAUGGCCUGCUCUUCACUGCAUGUUUUGUUGUAUGAUAAACCAGUUAGAUUAACAAUGUGGUCAACGAUUUCAAUAUUAACAAGAUUAGGAAAAAAUGUUAGAACCCUUUGAUGUGCACAUCAAAAAUUAAAAUAAAUGUCACUAUAAUAAAUGAAAUUUUAAUA